UGUCGUACUUUCGCCCAAGGCCGGGUUUUCUAGAAGCCGGAGAUGAGAUUCUUGGUUGGGAGAUCCGAGGAGUCCUUGGUGGAAGGAGCCUGAGAGAAGCAGGGCGGGGGCAGGCUGGACAGGGAAGUUCCCAUCUGAUCACAGAGGGAGACCCCUUGACCAUGAACCAGCCGGCCCCUGGGGCUCCCCCUCCGCCCCGCCGCGUGAGGCUCAAGCCCUGGCUGGUGGCCCAGGUGAACAGCUGCCAGUACCCGGGGCUUCAGUGGGUCAACGGGGAGAGGAGGUUCUUCUACAUCCCCUGGCGCCAUGCCACUCGGCACGGUCCCAGCCAGGAUGGAGACAACACCAUCUUCAAGGCCUGGGCAAAGGAGACGGGCAAGUACACCGAGGGGGUGGACGAGGCUGAUCCGGCCAAGUGGAAAGCCAACCUGCGCUGUGCCCUCAACAAGAGCCGCGACUUCCGCCUCAUCUAUGAUGGGCCCCGGGACAUGCCGCCUCAGCCCUACAAGAUCUAUGAGGUCUGCUCCAACGGCCCCACUGCCACAGAGUCGCAGCCCGCUGAUGAGUACUAUGUGGGUCCAGGAGAGGAAGAGGAGGAGGAAGAUGAAGAGCUCCAGAGGAUGUUACCAUGCCUGUGCAUCACAGACCCAGUGCCUUCCGGCUCUGCCCCGCCACCCUAUUCCUUCCCCAAAGAGGACAUCAAGUGGCCCCUGGCUGAGCAGCCGCCUGUGCUGCCGGGCCCCCUCCCUCCAGACGGCGGCCUCCUGGUCCCUCCCUCGGGCUCCACUGCUGGCUUUGAGGAGCUGCAGCUUCUUCCUGAGGUCCUGCAGAGCGUGCAGCCUGGGCCCCCCGGGCCCCCUGCAAGCGAACAGUUCUUGCCUGACCUACUCAUCAACCCCCACAUGCUGCCCCUGACGGACCUGGAGAUCAAGUUCCAGUACCGGGGGCGGCCACCCCGCGCCCUCACCAUCAGCAACCCACACGGCUGCCGGCUCUUCUACAGCCAGCUGGAGGCCACCCAGGAGCAGGUGGAGCUGUUCGGCCCCGUGAGCCUGGAGCAAGUGCGCUUCCCCAGCCCCGAGGACAUCCCCAGUGACAAGCAGCGCUUCUACACGAACCAGCUGCUGGACGUCCUGGACCGCGGGCUCAUCCUGCAGCUCCAGGGCCAGGACCUGUACGCCAUCCGCCUGUGCCAGUGCAAGGUGUUCUGGAGCGGGCCCUGCGCCUCAGCCCACGGCUCGCGCCCCAACCCCAUCCAGCGGGAGGUCAAGACCAAGCUCUUCAGCCUGGAGCACUUUCUCAAUGAGCUCAUCCUGUUCCAGAAGGGCCAGACCCACGCCCCUCCGCCCUUCGAGAUCUUCUUCUGCUUCGGGGAGGAGUGGCCUGACCACAAGCCCCGAGAGAAGAAGCUCAUCACUGUCCAGGUGGUGCCGGUUGCAGCGCGCCUGCUGCUGGAGAUGUUCUCGGGGGAGCUGUCUUGGUCGGCGGACAGCAUCCGGCUACAGAUCUCCAACCCGGACCUCAAAGACCGCAUGGUGGAGCAGUUCAAGGAGCUCCAUCACAUCUGGCAGUCCCAGCAGCGCUUACAGCCCGUGCCCCAGGUCCCUGCUGUGGCCGGCCUUGGUGCUGGCCAGGCGCCCUGGCCCAUGCAUCCAGUCGGCAUGCAGUAAGGAGGCUGCAGCCCGUGUGCGACCCAGGCCUGCCUGGUGGCCGAGUGCAUGGAUGUGCUGGGAACCCGGCUGCUACAGUCUUCCUUCUGGGUCUUCUGCGAGGGAGAGGGGAGAGGCCCCCGCCCCAGGAACUCCUGCAGAGCUUUGCUUUGAGGGCUCUGACUCCCCGGGCCCGCAUCUCCUGUGCUUACUCGCGUCCACCCAGCCAUGAAGGCGCUCAGCCUGUGGCUCGGUCACUGCAGAGGCGGCACUGCUCCGAGGUGGCCCACGUUCGCGGCUGCCACAAGAGCCAAGGAGGGCUGUGGGCCGGGCCCCCUCAGCUGGGUGCCGGCCUGACAGGUGGGUGCCCUGGCUGGAGCUUCGCUUCCUCGUCUUUCUCCUUCCUGAGAUGGGUCUGAGCACCCAGCGGCCCCACGAGACACGUAGGGCUGGCAGCUCCCCUGCUUCUGGGGGAGUUCAAGAGCCUGGGGUAGAAAGUGGAGUUUUAGUAUUUUUGGAAUAAAUAUUAA